AUGGCCCCAGCAGACGUCUUUGCCGUGGCGCUGGCGGUAGCGGCUGAAACCGCUACGGCGACCACUACACAUGUAUUGGCGCCGUCGACAACAGCCGCCUACGACCUACGAAUCUCUCUACGCACCUAUACGACCACGGCGAAGCCGACGGCGACGACGCCGUCACGAACGGCGCAUUCCACGUCGGUCGCGACGGCCACAGCAAUGUCCUCCACAUGCUGGCCGGGCCCCUGCUCGCCGUACAUGGCCGUCUCGUUCGCCCCGUUUCCGGAACAAGGCAACAGCCGGUUCAUCAGCGAAUGGGGCGGAGCCGCGUUUGCGGCCGCGUUUGGGGCUUUGGCCAUUGUACAUCUCGUGCAGGGCUGCUACUACCGGCUGUGGAAGGUCGCGACAGCGGCCGUGGCCGGCGGUGUGGCGGCGCUCACCGGGUACACGUUGCAAGCAGUGGCCUCCUCGGCGGCCGUCGACGGCAACGUCGACCUGCAGCCGUACCUCUUGGCGGCCGCGUUUGUCCUUUUGCAGAUUGUGCCGCUGUGCAUUACGCUCGUGCCAUUUGCGACUCUCAACCGACUGGCGCGCACGCGGUUCUUGCCGGCGCACGAUAGUCUGUCCGAGGCCGUGCGGCGGCCGUGGCCAGCAAAUGGCCGCUGGGUGGCGGCGUGGCCUGUGUGGGUGCUGUUCAUGGUCGCGGCAGGGGCGCAGGCGGUGGCCGUCGCGUUUUUGGUGUACUGCGGACUGACGGCCUCGUCCACGUACAGAAUCGCGCAAACCUUCCUGAUGGUGGCCGAUCUGGUCUGGACUGGCGGACUUGCCGGACAGGGCAUCGUGGUGCUGAUGCUGCUCGCCGCCGUCACGCAGGCAUACGCAACACUCCCGCCGGCGCGACAGGGCGGCCGGCAAGAGCGUGACGAGGCUGGCACGGUCCGGCCAUCGCUGCCCCCGCAGCGACGACGACAGAUCAUCUGGCUGCUGGGGACGACAUACGGCGUGUUGGCGCUGGUGACGAUGCGGGUGGUGUACCGGACGGUGGAGGCCGUGGAAGCCGCAAAAGGGAGAUCGGUGCAGUCCUUGUCGCCUUCAACCCUACCAAUGCAAAUGGCAGCGGCCUCCGCCUCACGAAAUGCUUUGUACGCGCUGGUACUCGACGCCCUGCCGACCGUUCUGGCGCUUUUCCUGCUGUGUGCAUGCCACGCGGGCUGGGCGCUACCGGCAGACGAUGCGCGCCACCGUGCCAGCCAGCGUGGAAGUGUGCACAGUGGCGGCCGCGGCAGUGGCAGCAACAGUCCAGCCAACGCUGGUGUCGGUGUCGGCGGCGUUGGUGAUGGUGGUGGUGACAACGAAGAUAUGGACGAGCGAAGGGACGCCCUUCACGACUUACGCGACAUGGGCAGCCCAGGUGAAGGUGGGCGAGAAUACUUUGGGCAGUCCGCUGUGCCCGUCGUUGCUGGCGCCGUUGGGCACAUGCCAACAGAGCACGUCCUCCUCCAGCAAAGGGCUGCCCUCCAGCAGCAUUACCGACAACGACAGCGUCAACAACAUGUGUUCCGGCCGCGCCACUCGCCACCGGCCGUCGUCGAGGCCUUGGCGCGUUCGUCGCUGUCGGCGUCGCUCUCGGUAUCCCUCCCGCGCGAAUCCUUUGGCGGCGGUGCUCGUCCGGCACUACCACAUGCUCCCGGCGAGCUCCACGAGCCUACUGGUGGAGCGCCGCGACGACUGUUGGCACGAAUCUCCACAGAGAACUUUAUCCUGUUUAGAUUCUUAAACUCGCCAUCACGAUCGACGUCCGGACGCAGUGGGCCCUGGGCCAUACCGUGGGGUGCGCGCAGUGCAGCCAGUCGUGCAGCCAGUCAGAGCCAGAGUCACAGCCGGAGUCAGAACCAGAGUCAAAGCCACGGAGGCAGCCGUGUCGACGGGGAUGAUCCGUUUGCUGGUUUUGACGAUGUGGCACAUGCUGGCUUGCAGCGGGAAGAGAUGGAAAAAAGGAAAAGGACAGGAGAGACAGUGACAGAGAAGACGAUCUCGGCGUAG